UCAAUCAAACGUAUGUAAUGUCAAAAUGCUGAAUGUGUUAUUAUUUACUCCUUGGUGUUUUGUGCUAAGAUUUUUGAAUUGAUUUGCAAGAUCGUCCUCGUCACUUUCGGAGGUGGAAGAACUCAUUGUACCAGAAAUUAGUUUACGCAGGCGGAUGAUUAUCAAUCGAAUGGUAUCCAUUCACCAUUGCAUCCUGCCAACUUGGUUGGUAGUGGAAUAAAACAAAUGUUAACUGGAAAGUGCAAGUGAAGUGAAAGUGGUGCAUAACUGACAUGAUAUGGGAUCCCAUUAAUCUCUCACCAACGGAAUUCUGCAAUUAACAUCAACAACGACGACUUGCAAGUAUGGACAGAAAAGAGGAAAAGGGGCCUGCUGAUUAUGCAAGAGAAAAUAAAACAAAAAAUGAGAGGAGCAGCUUCAUGUCAACCUCAAACAACGUUUGUCCGAAUGGGUCAUAUCAAACUAGGCCGGGAGACGACAACCAAAAUAAGCCUCAUGUAUCCCACAGUACCAACAGCGCUUCUUCAAAUUUCAAUUAUUCCAGUGAAACGAGUGUAUCGCCGUCGCCACCACAUUACCACGAGGGAGGUGGAAUGUUUGACAGACUGAUUGCACUAAAGAAAAAUAAUCCAAACGUAAAAAUUUUGUUUCCACUAAGCAGCAGCAAUGGGGUAGGAGCCUUGACGCAAACGACAUUACCAAAGCGGUCCACAUGGGGGGACAACGACUUCGUCCAGAUGCCAUACGACCCUUGCAAUACAAAAAUACAAGUAUACAAAGAGUCCCUCGACAGGACAUCAAAGAAAAAGUGGGAGAUAAUCAAUGACGAAUUGGCAAAACUAAAGAGUUUGGUUGCUUCGCCAGGCUUUGGUGAGAAGUUAAGACAAUCUGUAUCCCAGUACAAUUCAAAAUAUGGGAAGAGUUCCUUCAAUUUGCUAACCGAGAGUCUUUCUUUGAAAUCUCAAUUUGAAUUCAUUGCUGAGGAAGCUGCAAAAAUGGAAAAUAAUUUUCCGUUCGGUAUUCCGGUUCUAAAAUCCGGAAAACACUCUAAAGUGACCAGCAUUUUCUUUAAUCAAAAACAAAUUUGCAGUAUUUUGGCCAAUGCAUUUUUAUGCACAUUUCCUAAACGGGAAGGGAAACUUCCAGAGAUUAACUUUCACGAAUUGUACCAUGGAACUUUAGGAAACAAUGAAGCAGAGAAAAAGAUUGAAAAGCUCAAAUGCAUCCUACACUACUUUGAGCGAGUGAGAAAAAUUAAGGGAAACGGGAACAUCUUAUCCUUUGAAAGACGAUCAUUGUCGUUUACCGAAGAGCCAGAUUGGGGAUACUCCUCUACGAGGAAAAUGUCGUAUGUCAAUGUGUUUAACAAUGAAGGCAUUGAAUCUGCUAAAAAUUGUUUGCAAGUUGACUUUGCUAACCAGUUUAUUGGAGGGGGUGUCAUUGGGAGAGGAAUGGUCAUGGAAGAAGUCCGGUUCUCCAUCUGUCCAGAACUAAUUGUCGCACGGCUGUUUACGGAAAAAUUGGAGAAGGAUGAAGUUCUAAUUAUCACGGGAUGCGAGCAAUUUUGCAAGUAUAGAGGAUAUGGCAGUACAUUUCAAUACGCUGGUGAUAUUGUUGAUGAUACGAAAUUAGACGAGUAUGGUCGAAGGAAAACUGAGAUUGUUGCAAUGGAUGCAUACAAUUUUUCAGAGCAAGACCCAAGGAAGCAAUUUGGCUCCCACUUGGUGAAACGAGAGCUCAACAAAAGUUAUUGCGCUUUUGCUCCGAAAAAAUAUCAGGAGAAAACCCCGGUCGCCACAGGACACUGGGGUUGCGGCGCGUUUAAAGGAGAUCAGGAGCUCAAGUUCAUUAUUCAAUGGAUGGCAGCUUCGGAAGCAGGACGAGAGUUGCAUUAUUAUACUGGAGAUGCAGAACAAAGUAAAGAAAUUAUCAGAAUUGUAAAAUUUCUAGGUCGCAAGGAUGUCAACAUCAAGAAACUUUUUCAUGCAAUCGAAGAGUACAAUCGAAAAGAAAUUGAAUACAGUUUCAACAAAUCGUCUAAAUCUUUAUUCACUUUCUUUGAGAAGACUCACAAUUUGUGGUAAAAGCACAUACAUUAUGUACCUCCAAGAGAAUUGACGUAAAUAGUAAAUGGAUGAUAUUUGACAAUUUUAUUUAUUCAUUCUAAACUAAUAUAUAAAUACUAUUUUAUUAUGCAAAUAAACGGAAUGCAAUUUUUGAGUCUCUGA